AUGAAAUCUUUCAUCAUCAUAACUUUGGCAUUUCUCUCAACUGCUUCAGCUCGUAUUUAUAGCGGGCCAUGUCGAUUGGACGAAAUGUCAGCUCGAGUGAAGACAAACUUCCAAGUUUCACCUUUCAUGGGUGUUUGGUACCAAAUCGGACGAUAUGAUACACAAACCAAUUAUGUUUGCGUCACGUCUCGCUAUUCAUUGAACAAUGAUGGCUCGAUUCAUAUGAGUAGUACCGGAUUCACUUCAGGAGGUACAUUUAGACAAUCCACUGGACAAGCACAAUUAACUAACCCAAACGAAAAUCCAUUAACUGGAAAACUUGAUGUUACUGGAUUUGGAUCAGGAACAACAUCAGCAAUCUUUUGGGUCAUGGAUACAGAUUAUUCUGAUUACGCAGUUGUGUGGAGUUGUCGUAACAUUUCUCGUGGAAGAUCUGAAGAACUUGCAUGGGUAUUGGCAAGAACACCACAAACAUCGGAGGCUGUUCGACAACGUUAUGAAAAUGCUGUUCAUUCAAGUGGACUUGUAUUAGAUGCAAUCAGAUUGACUAAUCAAGAUGCGACAUUCUGCACAACAUCAGCAAUCUUUUGGGUCAUGGAUACAGAUUAUUCUGAUUACGCAGUUGUGUGGAGUUGUCGUAACAUUUCUCGUGGAAGAUCUGAAGAGCUUGCAUGGGUAUUGGCAAGAACACCACAAACAUCGGAGGCUGUUAGACAACGUUAUGAAAAUGCUGUUCAUGCAAGUGGACUUGUAUUAGAUGCAAUCAGAUUGACUAAUCAAAAUACGGCAUUCUGCAAUAGCUUGUAAUACAUUAGAAAAAUUGAAUGGCUUUGAAUGGACUUUUUGACUAACCCGGCAACUAAAUAAUUAUCCACAGACAUUUUAAUCUGAGCAUGAAAAACUGAGCU